AUGUCGACACUCGAGGAUCUGGAUGACAUGGAGCGCGAUGGCAAGAAGGAGGAGAACAACGACGGCGACAAGGACAAGAAGCAGGACCAGAACGGCGAUGCGGACAUGAAGGAUGCCGAUGGCGAGAAGGAGGAGGAUGAGAAGAAGGAAGAGGAAGACCUCAUCGACUACGAAAUCCUCAACUCCUCCACACGCGACAUCGUAGCUCGGCGGCGACUGCUUGAAAACGACACACGAAUCAUGAAGAGCGAGUUCCAGCGACUAUCACACGAGAAGCAGAGUAUGGUCGACAAGAUCAAGGACAAUGUCGAGAAGAUCGACAACAACAGACAACUACCAUAUCUCGUUGGCAACGUGGUCGAGAUAUUAGAUCUGGACGUCGAGAAGGAGGCGGCAGAAGAGGGCGCCAACAUCGACCUCGAUGCCACUCGCGUCGGCAAGUCCGCCGUCAUCAAGACAUCCACACGACAAACCAUCUUCCUGCCACUCAUCGGACUGGUCGACCACGAGAAGCUCAAACCUGGUGAUCUCAUCGGUGUGAACAAGGACUCCUACCUCAUUCUGGAUACAUUACCCGCCGAGUACGACAGCAGAGUGAAGGCUAUGGAAGUCGAUGAGAAGCCGACGGAGAAGUACACGGACGUUGGUGGUCUGGACAAGCAGAUUGAGGAGUUGGUUGAGGCCGUGGUGUGGCCGAUGAAGGAGGCAGAGCGCUUCAAGAAGAUUGGCAUCAAGGCGCCAAAGGGCGCGCUGAUGUACGGCCCUCCCGGUACUGGCAAGACCCUCCUCGCCCGAGCCUGCGCCGCACAAACCGAGGCCACCUUCCUCAAGCUCGCUGGACCACAGCUCGUGCAAAUGUUUAUUGGAGAUGGCGCGAAAUUGGUCCGCGACUGCUUCGCUCUUGCGAAAGAGAAGGCUCCUUCGAUUAUCUUCAUCGACGAACUUGACGCCGUGGGCACAAAGCGUUUCGACAGCGACAAGUCUGGAGACCGAGAAGUCCAGCGCACCAUGUUGGAGCUUCUCAAUCAGCUCGACGGUUUCGCGUCAGACGAGCGUAUCAAGGUGCUUGCUGCAACGAAUCGUGUCGACGUGCUCGACCCUGCGCUGCUGCGAUCUGGUCGUUUGGACAGGAAGAUCGAGUUCCCACUGCCAAACGAGGAAGCAAGAGCACAGAUUCUGCGGAUCCACAGCAGAAAGAUGACGGUCGAUGAGGGCGUCAACUGGCCCGAGUUGGCACGGAGUACGGACGAGUUCGGCGGUGCACAACUGAAGGCUGUAUGCGUGGAGGCAGGCAUGAUUGCUCUGCGAAGUGGGCAGAGCAAGAUCAGUCACGAGCAUUAUGUUGAUGCUAUUUCCGAAGUGCAGGCCAAGAAGAAGGACACUGUCAACUUCUACGCAUAA